UUGUGCAGCAGUUGAUGGUGUCUGAGACUGACGGUCACAUGUAGGUUCGCAGUUGCGCACACGGCAUAGUCUUCAUUUCUCUCUCUGAAACAGGAGAAAAAGCUAGCAAGCAUUAGACAGCUGUAUAACAAAUCAGCUCUGCUUUGCACAUUCACAUUGUUUUAUAUUUUUUCAGAUUAAUUAAUUCAAAGUCGAAGCUCUUUGCAUCAAGAUCGAUCUAUGGACACAUGCAUAUAAAUAGUAUGACGACGAUGAAGAGGCUUUUACAUGAGCCCUAGUUUUUAGGGGUCUCACUCUGAUUCAUCUACUUCUUCAUCUUCGCUGACUGUUAUUAGAAAUUUCAGGAAUUGAGUGUAAAUCUCUGGUAAUAUGGCGUCAAAAUCUUUCAAGGCAACUAGGUCAUCUCUAUCUACAACUUCAGAUGCUGUUAAUGAUUCACAGCACAAUAAGCCUCCACUUCCCCCAACUGUAACAUUUGGUAGGAGAAAUUCAUCAGGACGAUAUAUAAGCUACUCGAGGGAUGAUCUUGACAGUGAAUUCGGUAGUGGUGAUUUUAUGAACUACACUGUGCACUUGCCGCCAACACCUGACAAUCAACCAAUGGAUUCAGUGUCACAAAAGGUUGAAGAGCAAUAUGUGUCGAAUUCACUUUUUACAGGUGGGUUCAAUAGUGUUACACGAGCCCAUCUCAUGGACAAGGUGAUCGAAUCAGAAGCAAAUCAUCCCCAAAUGGCUGGUGCAAAAGGAUCUUCAUGUGCAAUUCCCGGGUGUGAUGCGAAUGUGAUGAGUGAUGAAAGGGGUGUGGAUAUUCUCCCUUGCGAAUGUGAUUUCAAGAUAUGUAGGGAUUGUUAUUUGGAUGCAGUUAAAACAGGAGAUGGCAUUUGCCCAGGGUGUAAGGAGCAAUAUAAGACCAUGGAUUUGGAUGACGUGGCAGAAAACAGGAAUCCACUUCCACUCCCUCCCCCAGCUGGGAUGUCGAAAAUGGAGAGGAGGUUGUCACUGAUGAAAUCCACAAAGUCAGUGCUGAUGAGGAGCCAGACUGGAGAUUUUGAUCACAACCGUUGGCUGUUUGAUACAAGAGGCACCUAUGGGUAUGGAAAUGCUAUAUGGCCAAAGGAGGGAGGAUUUGGGAAUGGGAAAGAUGAUGAGGUAGUUGAGCCUUCAAUGUUAAUGAACAAACCAUGGAGGCCACUCACGCGAAAAUUAAAGAUACCUGCUGCUAUUCUCAGCCCAUACAGGCUUAUUGUUUUUAUUCGGAUGGUUGUUCUUGGAUUAUUCUUGGCAUGGAGGGUCAAACACCCAAACAAUGAUGCGAUCUGGCUAUGGGGGAUGUCUGUGGUUUGUGAAAUAUGGUUUGCCUUUUCUUGGGUUCUUGACCAACUGCCUAAGCUCUGCCCUAUCAAUCGUUCUACAGAUCUUAAUGUACUAAAAGAGAAGUUUGAAACACCUAGCCCCAACAACCCCACUGGAAAAUCUGAUCUCCCAGGCGUUGAUGUUUUUGUCUCAACUGCAGAUCCAGAGAAAGAACCCCCUCUUGUUACUGCAAAUACGAUCUUGUCUAUUCUAGCAGCUGAAUAUCCUGUCGAAAAGCUUGCUUGCUAUGUUUCUGACGAUGGAGGUGCCCUUUUAACCUUUGAGGCCAUGGCCGAAGCUGCCAGCUUUGCUAAUGUAUGGGUCCCAUUUUGCCGUAAACAUGCCAUUGAGCCCAGGAACCCAGAAUCUUAUUUCAAUUUGAAGAGGGAUCCUUAUAAAAACAAGGUGCGGACGGACUUCGUCAAAGAUCGUAGACGGCUAAAACGUGAAUAUGAUGAGUUUAAAGUCCGCAUCAAUGGCCUGCCAGAGUCUAUCCGCCGGCGGUCUGAUGCCUAUAAUGCUCGGGAAGAAAUAAAGUCCAUGAAGCAACAGAGACAGAAGCCGGAUGAUGAACCUGUGGAGAGUCUGAAGAUCCCGAAAGCGACAUGGAUGGCCGAUGGGACCCAUUGGCCUGGGACGUGGCUGAAUCCUUCAUUGGAGCACUCUAGGGGUGAUCAUGCUGGAGUAAUACAGGUGAUGUUGAAGCCUCCCAGUGAUGGGCCGUUACAAGGAACAAAUGAUGAUACCAGGUUAAUUGACCUGACUGAUGUUGAUAUCCGUCUCCCCCUCCUUGUUUAUGUUUCACGUGAGAAGCGUCCUGGCUAUGACCACAACAAGAAGGCAGGGGCCAUGAAUGCCCUGGUUCGGGCUUCUGCAAUCAUGUCUAAUGGCCCCUUCAUUCUCAACUUGGAUUGUGACCACUACAUCUAUAACUCUCAGGCUAUGAGGGAAGGCAUGUGUUUCAUGAUGGAUAGAGGUGGGGACCGGAUUUGCUAUGUGCAGUUCCCCCAGAGAUUUGAGGGUAUUGACCCGUCUGAUCGCUAUGCUAAUCACAAUACUGUUUUCUUUGAUGGCAAUAUGCGGGCUCUUGAUGGGCUCCAGGGUCCAGUGUAUGUCGGAACUGGAUGCCUCUUUCGGAGGAUUGCCCUUUAUGGGUUUGACCCACCUCGAUCAAAAGAACACCACCCUGGUUGCUGCAGCUGUUGCUUUGGCCGUCGUAAGAAGCUUAACACAGUUGCUAGCACCCCAGAAGAAAGCAGGGCCCUGCGAAUGGGUGAUUCAGAUGAUGAAGAUAUGAACCUCUCACUAGCUCCAAAGAAAUUUGGAAACUCAACUUUCCUCAUUGAUUCUAUCCCGUUAGCGGAGUUCCAAGGUCGUCCCCUUGCAGAUCAUCCCGCUGUAAAGAAUGGCCGACCACCUGGUGCUCUCACCAUUCCCCGAGAGCAUCUCGAUGCAUCAACUGUUGCGGAGGCAAUCAGUGUCAUCUCCUGCUGGUAUGAAGAUAAGACAGAGUGGGGAGAGCGUGUUGGCUGGAUUUAUGGGUCUGUUACUGAAGAUGUGGUCACAGGGUAUAGAAUGCACAACAGGGGAUGGAAAUCAGUAUACUGUGUCACCAAACGUGAUGCGUUCCGUGGAACUGCCCCUAUCAAUCUCACGGAUAGGCUUCAUCAGGUCCUCCGCUGGGCUACUGGCUCAGUCGAGAUAUUCUUCUCCCGCAACAACGCUUUACUGGCAAGCCCAAGGAUGAAGUUUUUGCAGAGGAUUGCAUACCUCAAUGUUGGAAUCUACCCUUUCACCUCCAUCUUCCUAAUUGUAUACUGCUUUCUGCCUGCACUUUCUCUCUUCUCUGGCCAGUUUAUUGUGCAAACUCUCAAUGUCACUUUCCUUACCUACCUUCUGGUCAUCACAGUUACUCUCUGUUUGCUUGCUGUGCUUGAGAUUAAGUGGUCGGGCAUUGCACUAGAGGAAUGGUGGAGGAAUGAGCAGUUUUGGUUGAUUGGAGGUACUAGUGCCCAUCUUGCUGCAGUGCUUCAGGGGCUUCUGAAAGUCAUUGCCGGGAUUGAAAUUUCUUUCACCUUGACAUCAAAAUCAGCAGGUGAUGAUGAGGAUGAUGAGUUUGCUGAUCUCUUUAUUGUCAAGUGGACGGCCCUCAUGGUUCCACCAAUCACAAUUAUGAUGACUAACUUGAUAGCAAUAGCUGUAGGGUUUAGCCGGACAAUAUACAGUGUUAUACCUCAGUGGAGUCGUCUUAUAGGUGGGGUUUUCUUCAGUUUCUGGGUUUUGGCACAUCUCUACCCCUUUGCUAAAGGGCUAAUGGGAAGAAGAGGGAGGACACCCACCAUUGUUUUCGUAUGGUCGGGACUUAUUGCGAUCACCAUUUCGCUUCUUUGGGUGGCAAUCAGUCCCCCCUCAGGCACUAACCAAAUUGGAGGCUCAUUCCAGUUUCCCUGAUUAGACAUUUGUUUCCUCUCAAAGUGAAUCUAUAAGCAACAUUCCUUCAUUAAAUUCUUUGUGCCGGUGAACAAAAUUGGCAUGUUCCAUGCCUUUCCCAUUUUGUUACUGUACAACUAAACUGGAUGAGCCUGAAUCAUUUUUAUUUGAGUUAGUUACAUGAAUCUUGCUUCAUCAUUGUAGUAUAAUUUUAAUGAACAUUAUAAUAGUUAGAAAAAGUUGAUUGGGCUCAGAAAAUUAAAAAUCAUGGAUUUAAAAGCAUGUUCACUAUUUUGCUAUCACGAUAUGUGACAUGAGAUAGGUUUGGUCCAAUCUAUAAUGUUGGGGUUGAUGUACAUUGUAUAAACCGAAUGAGUAGGGAAAAUGACUUUGUAAGUAUUGGAUGACAAUUCCAUUUUCAGAGCACCUAUCAAGUGUAAGCCUGUUAUUAAUUACAGCCUAAUUGGUGUGUUUUUUGUUUUUGAUU